CUCUCCCUAACUCUGCACCCACAAUUAGCUCAAGGUCGACAGUUACCAAGGCAUCACACCAGGGAGGAGGCAGCGGCUGUGGUGGUGGUGGUGGUGGUGGUGUUUUUGCAGAUCGGUGGUGCUUUUGUCAAUUGCAAUAGUUUUGAAUAUGAGCUCGGACAGCAGGAGCAGGAGCAGGAGCCCAAUGGAUCGCAAGAUCCGUACUGUACGGCAUUCGUAUCGUGAUGCACCUUACAGGAGGGAUCGGCGGGGUUUCAGCCAGAGCAAUUUGUGCAAAAACUGCAAACAGCCAGGUCAUUAUGCCAGAGAAUGCCCUAAUGUGGCAAUCUGUCACAAUUGUGGUUUUCCAGGGCAUAUUGCAUCAGAAUGCACCACGAAAUCGCUCUGUUGGAACUGUCGUGAACCUGGUCACAUGGCUGGGAACUGUCCAAACGAGGGCAUCUGCCACACCUGUGGCAAGACAGGACACCGUGCUAGAGACUGCACAGCUCCCCCAGUGCCACCUGGCGACAUGAGGUUGUGCAAUAACUGCUUCAAGCAAGGUCACAUUGCCGUUGACUGUACAAAUGACAAGGCGUGCAAGAACUGCAGGAAAACAGGUCACCUUGCUCGUGAAUGUCAGAAUGAACCCGUCUGCAACUUGUGUAAUGUUUCUGGUCAUGUGGCUAGAGAAUGCCCCAAGUCCAAUGCUAUUGAAGAGAGGGGUGGUGGGCCUCGUAUUGGUGGUUAUCGAGACAUUAUAUGCCGGAGUUGCCAGCAGCCUGGUCAUAUGAGCCGAGAUUGCAUGGGGGGCCCUUUGAUGAUCUGUCACAAUUGUGGGGGUAGAGGACACCUUGCAUUCGAGUGCCCCUCAGGAAGGUUCAUGGACCGCUUUCCCAGGAGAUACUGAUUGGUGAAAGUAAUUUUAUGCUUUUUCACUUAAGGAUUACUAGUAUUUGCUUAUUUGGUUUUCAGAAUAACUGGGUGUUAGUUUGGUUGAAACCUCCUAUUUAUGAGUUGAAUUUUCAGAACUUUUAUAGUUUUUGCUGAAAACGAGUUGGAACAUUUGAUGUUAACUAGUUAUGGAUUUGUUUGUACUUGAACAGUUCGUAAUUCUGUAGCCUGCAGGUGAAGCAGCCGUAUGGUAACUAUGAUAGCUGAUGAUGAAAUUACCUCAGGCACAAUUUGUUUUGUUGGGUCUUUUGUGAAUUU